AUGGAGGCCGACCCCCCACCACGCCAUCUCCCCCGACUCCCCCAUGUCUCCUCCGUGUCCCUGACUCCCUCAUCUCACCCGUCUCCCCCCAUGACGACACCCUACCCCGAGUCCCCUGUCUCCCCCAUAACGCCCCCAUCUCCCCCUCUCGGCACUCGCCGCAUCUGUCACAUGGCAUUAGUUGUCUUCACGCUCUCGGCCGUGGCACUAACAGCCGUGAACGCCGUGAACGCCGCCGCAGCUUCUCCUGCUCCAGUUAGCGCUCGCUAA